AUGAAGACUCUGGGGUUCUCAAUACUUCUUGUCCACAUUUAUUCCGCCACCUCAUCUCAGGUAUGUGGAGACAUUACUUUCCUAAGUUUCCCAAUUUCGGAUUUUUUAGAACAAUUUUAGCCGUUUAUCACCAUAUUCCAUCUCGAUACUGAGGCUGUCUUACCUGUUCUUUUUGGAAAUUAGACCUUUCCAAAGAAAUGAGGACUCGGGUGGACAAUUUCAUACAAAUCACUGUAUUUGUCUACCCAAGCCUUGAGUUGGUGCCUUUGUUUACGGGAAUGCAGGAAAGGUUUAUACGUUACUGGAAAGUGGUCAUAGCCACCCUAGAAACCUAUAAAAUUUGUGUCCCAAAUAAUCUUAUCAACAAACAUACUGUCCAAAGGGGGGCAAAACAAUUUCAGGUACGAAAACCUCAAAUCAAACAAACCUUGGCUGCACAAGAUAUAUGAAUUUCUGCUUGCCAAAAGUUGAAUCCAUUUUCAACACCCAAGAAACCAGAAUAAUUUUUAGCCCAGUUGAAGAAUUGCGACGAGAUUUUUCGCCAAAUGAACUGAAAAAUUUAAACCUUUUUAGGAAGCGGGAAAAGGUUAGCAUCCCACGCAGGCGUUUCAGGAGAGCCCGUUUUUUAAUCUCUCCCUUGGGGAGGGAUGAAAAACGAGCUCCCCUAAAAACGCCUGCGUGGGAGGCUCUAGCCUUUAGGAUCAGUCGUUUUUAAAGGGAAACGGACGAGAAAAAAAAAAAAAAAGGACAAUUCGAAUCACGUCUCUCCUUACUCCAAUGGAAGGCUUGCUACUCAUCCAAUGAUCCUCAGCUUUGAUCUUUUGCGUUUCAAAUGCACCCUGCUGUGUCGAAUUCAAGUUCCAGCUGCCCAUCUCGAACUCACCCUUCAGUUAAUAAACAUCCUUUGUUUAUUUAUUUAUCUAUCUAUCAAUUCAUAAUUUUUUGUAGCACAUCUUGCAAAUUGAAGAGAAGGGAACAAAAUUUGCACAAGGAAUCGAAAUUGAUGAAAAGGAAAAGGUUGCAGUUUUCCGAGUUCCUGCUCACAAUGGCAUCAUCGGCGCUGAUUUCUACAAUGAUUUUAAGAUGGUAAGUGCGUGAACUUUUGCAACGACAUUUAGCUCCACUGGUUGAUUAAUCUAGGGAUUUUUAAAACUCGUGUCGAGUAGCUGCACAGACCACCUGUCCCAUACAAAUAUUGUGCGAAGCCGAACUCAAAAGAUAAGUUUUUGAACUUCGUUCUUUAUUUGUUCCCAUGCGAACUUUUCUGAGAAUAAACAAAACCAAAGAAAAACUUGAAAGCUUCGACAAGAGGACUAGCUAUCGUUUUUCGAGCCGCCCCUUAAAAUUUACUAGCGAAAGCAAAGUUUGCCUUUCAUUUAUACACUGGGGCGGUCUUCUUGAGGAUCCUUGACGGUUAUUCAAAUAGAAAACAUUUAAGUGAAUUAAGCUUCAAGCUAGGCAAGUGGUGUUUGCGCUCGUUUUUCUGUGCAAAGCGAAAAAGGAAUUUACAAUAAUGUUCAAGUCAGUUCUUUCAUAAAAUUGCUUGAACUUCUGGCCUUAAGCUAAAGGAAGGCAGCAGAAAUUUGCUUUUUAACUGAACUAUUUAUUGUGCAUAGAAGCAUGAAGCUUAUCGAUCUGAGAGAGCCCCCAACUCCACGCCUUGCUUUCAGGAGAACCGUGGUCGUCUGUUAGGAUCUGAAUGCAGUCAUGUCCUUAUGAAACCCUUGUGCUUUAACAAUUUUAUUCUGAUUUCACUUUUUUUUAGCGUGUAACCGUUACCAGGAUUCUGUCUCGAAAAGUCUGUUACAUUUCUGAAAUGGACUCGACGCUGUCCGCACCAGGAAAACUGAAAGCGGAUCUUGCACGGGUAGGCAAUUAAAAAAUACCUAGUCUCAGGCGAGCACUAUCAUUUUUAUUACAGACAGAAUCCAAAAACAACAACAUUUAUUUUAUCCGGCCCCUUUUAAUCUUUUACUUUUUCGCGUUGUAUCUUACAGGCAACCUCUACAGCAGGGAGCCUAAUUUGUAGUUAAGAGUCAAAAAAAAAAAAAAAAAAAAAACGAACCACCCGGGUGGCUUGGGGACUUUUAAGGUUUCAUUGGUUUUUUUGUUGUAUACCGGCCCACCGCACCGAAACCCAGGAGGAUAAGGUUUCUGUUGUUGUGAAAACUUUACUAGAGACUAUUACCGGCCAAGACGCGAACACUGNACUGAAAGCGGAUCUUGCACGGGUAGGCAAUUAAAAAAUACCUAGUCUCAGGCGAGCACUAUCAUUUUUAUUACAGACAGAAUCCAAAAACAACAACAUUUAUUUUAUCCGGCCCCUUUUAAUCUUUUACUUUUUCGCGUUGUAUCUGACAGGCAACCUCUACAGCAGGGAGCCUAAUUUGUAGUUAAGAGUCAAAAAAAAAAAAAGAAAAUAACUGAUCAUCCGGGUUGACUUGGAGCCUUUUAAGCUUCAAUAGUUUGUGUUGUAUCUCACAGGCCACUCCUACGGUAUCCAAGCCGAAAAAGCUUCCUGUAGUGGAAAAAUCUUACGUGGUGAUGAUUACUGGCAAAGCCAACAGAACUCUGCUAACGACGGAGAUUUUGGAUUUCUGUGGAGUCUUGCCCAUUUACAACACAAAACGGUAUCCGGACACGAGUGCUACGAAUGGAGUUGCCGGUAAUGAAGGAAAUAGUUAA